GAAAUUUUAUGAAUUUUUUUAGAACUAAUUGUGUAUUAAAAUGUCGUACGGAGGUGGUCAAAAAGUGCAGAAGGUGAUGGUGCAGCCCAUAAAUCUUAUCUUCAGGUAUUUACAGAACCGUACUGUGAUCAGCGUAUGGCUCUACGAAAAUGUAAAUACAAGAAUUGAAGGAAUAAUCACAGGAUUUGACGAAUACAUGAAUCUAGUUCUCGACGAAGCAGUUGAAGUUCAUUUGAAGCGACACACCAGGAAACCACUGUCCCGGAUUAUGUUAAAGGGUGACAACAUCACCCUUAUCCAAGCCAAGGACGCAGCAGCCAAAUAGAUCUCAUUUUGUCGUAUUCUCGCAUUUCUAAUAAAGUUUGUGUCUUGUGUUACUGUUUUUUUUUCAAUAUCUCAAAUUUCAGA